CCCGCACUCAAGUUCACAAGAAACACAAACACCCAAGCACAAGGUCACAAACUCAAGCCUCCAACCCCACCAACUCAUUGCACGGAACCAUCUCCUCUAUCGCAAACAAUCUAGCUUCCCUCAAACACCGCUAUGGCUGAGACCGGUCUUCCCUCUGGCUGGGAGGUGCGCACCUCCAAGUCCAAGGGCCUUCCAUACUACUUCAACCCGGCGACAGCUGAGUCGAGAUGGGACUCGCCCGAGGGCACCGACCCCGAGAAGCUGAAGGUUUUCAUGGCCUCGUACCACAGCUCCAAGGCCGGCGACGCUUUGGCUCAGGGCGGAGGGCAGGAUACGAUUCGCGCCGCGCACUUGCUCGUCAAGCACGAAGGAAGCCGGAGGCCCUCGAGCUGGCGCGAGGCCAAGAUCACGCGUACUAAGGAAGAGGCGCUGGAGGUUCUGAAGGGACACGAGCAGCGCAUCAAGUCGGGCGAGAUAAGCUUGGGCGAGCUAGCUACCACCGAGUCCGACUGUAGCAGUGCGCGCAAAGCAGGAGACCUUGGUUUCUUCAAGCGGGGCGACAUGCAGCGGGAAUUCGAGGAUGCUGCGUUCGCACUGCAGCCGGGAGAAAUUAGUGGAGUGGUGGAGACCGCGUCUGGACUUCACUUGAUUGAGAGGUUGCCGAACGCACAAUAGAGAUAUACGGCUAGCAUUCCAGUCGAAUGGCAUUCAUCCAGUGCGUGUCUGAAUCAAACAGG